CAGUCGCGCGGGGCGGGGCCGCUCGGCUGGGUGCGGGGCCGAGUGCGGCGCGAGGAGUUGAGGUGGCGACAUGUCCUCGGGGCUGGCCGCGCACCGCGACGCCAAGAAGCUGGUGCGCUCACCAAGCGGCCUGCGCAUGGUGCCCGAGCAUCGCGCCUUCGGAAGCCCGUUCGGCCUGGAGGAGCCGCAGUGGGUCCCGGACAAGGAGUGCUCCAGAUGCAUGCAGUGUGAGGCCAAGUUUGACUUUAUCACCCGCAAGCACCACUGCCGCCGCUGCGGGAGGUGCUUCUGUGACCGCUGCUGCAGCCGCAAGGUUCCACUGCGGCGCAUGUGCUUCGUGGACCCGGUGCGGCAGUGCGCGUCCUGUGCCCUGGUGUCCCUCAGCGAGGCUGAGUUCUACGACAAGCAGCUCAAGGUGCUGCUGAGCGGAGCCACCUUCCUUGUCACGUUUGGGAACUCAGAGAAUCCUGAAACCAUGGUCUGUCGCCUUUCCAACAACCAGAGAUGCCUGAUCCUGGAUGGGCGCAGCCGCCAUGAGAUCGAAGUUGCACACAUCUCUGCCGUGCGCGUCCUCACCGAGGGACCCGCUCCCGGAGGAGGCAGCGCCCGGGCUGCAGGCAUGUGCUUGCAGUAUAUGGUGCCAGGGUCCGAAGGCGUGGCCCAGCUGAAGCUGAUGGCUGGGGAGGACUCGAAUGCCAGCAAGAGGCCGGCGGCAGCAUGGCUGGCGGCUAUGCACAAGGUACCGUGUCCAGGCGGGGGCCCUGGCCGGGUGGCACACACACCCGGCAGGCACCCAGGCUUAGCGCAAAGGGUGUGCUCUGUGCUGCUUACUUCUCAUCACCCGCAGGCCACCAAGCUCCUCUACGAGUCGCGGGACCAGUGAUGCACGUAAGAGCCAGCUGUAGAGGACAUCGGUCCUGUGACCAUGACCCAGCGGCUCGCUUCGCCCAGCACCGCAGGGCUACCCAGCCAGGGCUGGAAAUGCAGCUCGAGCAUCUGCGUUCAUGUAGUGCAAUACAUACAGUCUGUUAACCCUUUAAUCCUGCGUGUGGCUUCCACUGUCCUGUUGAGCUCGCUGGGCAGGGAGGAGGAGCCACACGUGCCUGCCCUGGGUGCACUGUGGCCGCCCCCAACACACCCUGGGCAGCGCUCCCUGGGGCCCUGCAGGGCCCAGCCAACACUAACCAGGCGGUGAGCACGCUGUGACCCUCACUGCAGACGGCUCCGCUGUUUCUACUUCUCACUCACUGCCUCACUUUAUUAAAAUGACAGUACAGCAAUUUGUAUAUAAAGCAUACAAUUAAAACCUAUUUUGAAAAUA